AUGCGUUUCGUAAUAAAUAAAAUACCUACGAAUACGGCGAGAUAUAUAUACCAUAACAUAUAUUUUUAUUUACAAUCAAAAGAAACGAUUGGUCAUUUAGUUGGGCGUACUAGUUAUUCAUCGUUAACGGUAACAGCAGUCGCAUUAUGUAUAAGAAAAACAACAACAAUAUGUUCACAUCGUAUGACUUCCACAUUAUCUUUUAUUAGAAAUAAUCGAAAAUCAUCCAACACAUUAGAAGAGAAUACCACUAAUGAUUUAGAAUUAUGGGAAAGAUGUGUGAAAUUAGGUUUGGUUGAAACUGUAUUUUCUAUACCAUUUAAUACAUCGUCCAUAGUUUCAUUAGCACAAAAACAUUUUCAGAUUGGUUAUUUAUGUUUACACUCAUUCCAGUAUGACCUAGCGCGACAUGCAUUCGAUAAUGCAAUAAGACAAAACCCAAAUUUCAUUUACUCAUAUUUAGGUAAAAUGAUGUCAUAUAAACAUACGUUAUGGUCACAUAUCGAUAUCCAGUCAGCAUUACUUGUCUAUGAACAAAUAGAAAAGUUAAAUUUAACUCUAAAAGAAAAAGAUCGCGAUUAUUUAAAUACAAUUUAUCAAUGGUUUGCUUAUCCAUCUAAUAUUCGUCAAGGAAUGAAUUUGAAUAUGGCACGAGAAAUACUAAAAAAAUUAUUACUUGUGGAACCAAAUCAUCCAGGUGUUUUACAUUAUCUCAUUCAUGUUUAUGAUGUGCCAGAAGAACACUUGUAUGCUCAAGCUAUACCCUAUGCAAUUAAAUACCCAUUAAUUGUGACAACAUCAAGUCAUGGUCAUCAUAUGCCCUCACAUAUUUGGAUGAGGUUAGGUUAUUGGUAUAAAGCUGUGCUAGCGGAUGAAUUAGCAAUUAAUGCCAGUAUAACAUUAUGUCAAUUCUUAUUACAUUUAACAUCGAUGAUUGAUUGUGAUAUUGAGAAUCGUUAUCAUUCAAUUGAAUGGUUAAGUUAUAGUCAGUUACAAGUCGGUUUAUAUAAACAAGCAAAUUCUAAUUUACAACAAAUGAUUUCAAUAGUUAAACAGCAUCAACAAGCAUUUCCAUUAUUCUUUGUUUAUCGUAUGUUUGGUAGGCAAAUAUUUGAAACUUAUUAUUGGUAUAUGUAUAAUAAAGAUCAAAUAAAGAAUUAUAUACAUAUAUUACAAUCAUUUAAUAAUAUUGAUUAUAAUCCAUUUUUAAAUACUACUGAUAUUAGACGACUUGCAUGGAGUGAAACUGGAUAUAUUUUGGGUAAUUAUCUUCGUCUAUUAUUGCUUGAUAAAUUAUCUAAUAAUAGUCACCAUCAAUUGCAACAAAAUCUGAGCAAAUCUAUUGAUCGAUUGAACCAACUAAAACUCUUUCUGAAUGGCGCUCCUGUUUAUUGGUCAACCUUAAUUGAUAUGACACUUCAUCAGUUAGAAUCAUUAGACUAUUUUCAUCAACAAUUGUAUCAGCAAUGUUUAAAUUCAAUAGUAAAAGCAAACAUAAUAGAAGAUACAAUGGAUAUUAUUCAACCACCUUCGCCGCCAUUACCUAAUUUCAGAUCAAAAGAAUUGAUGGCAUUUUUUCUGUUAAUGAUCUAUAAACAAAUGCCACUUUUACCUCUCAGCCAAUAUCAUCUGAAUUAUGCGUCGGUCACACAAAAAUCAAAUAUUAAUAUAUCAUUAUUUCCAUCGAUCGCAUUACAAUUAUAUAAUUUAUCCUGUAUGACAACACCCGAUCGAGCUAAUAUCAUUUUAGGACAAGCUCGAUGUUAUGUUCAAUUAAAUCAAUCGGAUAACGCUAAGCUUAAAUACAUUAAAAUAUUAAAAAUAUGGCAAUCACAAUCACCUUCAUCAGUAGUAUAUCAAGAAGCUCAAACUUAUGUACAACAUUCAUCAUCAAUAACAUUCACUCACAAAUUCUACUUUGUAGUACCCGUUAUAUUCCAAUUAAAUAAGCUUUUUUCGUAA